AUGUCGGACCACUCGGACCAAGAAGAGUCUGAUCCGUCAAGAGACAGUCAGUUCUUCGAUUGGGACGCAGCUACUUACACCAUCAGUCCCGAAGCGUGUGACACCAUCGACUCAUCCUAUCAUGAUGAGGUAGAUAUUACUUACCACGUAGACCAUCAGACUACAAGUGGUUCUCCUUCAAGUGAUACAAAACGCAGAGAACAUGAUAAAAGGCCUGACCAACUCACGAGGAUACACCGAACGAAGGAUAGAACGAUAGUUCCCUCAUUUGAGAAUUGGUCUUCCCAGACACCCUAUCGUGAACCAGGAUGGAAGAUGGAUACGUACCCUAAGUUGUCCGAAGAGGAGAAUCGUAUCCUGGGGUCACGUAUUCUCGUUCCGAAAAAGGACGGUACGUUCUACGAGCACUAUAAUCUUUGUACUGGACCGAGUCAUGAUCCGAUAUACCCAAAGGGUAUCACCAGAUCGCACCAGGGGGUGAUCUCGAGGGAAACUGGCGUAGACUGGUUGACUCAGACCUGUACAUCCCGAGCGGAUUGUAUGGAAUCGCUCAGAGGUCUCCUAAGCGCCGCAGAAAUCGCCAACAUCAGAAAGAUAAGAACGGAGAAGAAUAUGGGUGAUACCGAUAAGAAGAACAGUGGAACCAAGAGGGUCAGAUCGAGUAUGACUGAAGAAGAAGAAUAUCAGGAGGCUGUUGCCAAAAUCCAGAGAGGUCAUUGA